AUGUCGAGUACACCGGACGAAAAGCCCCAGCGGGCCACGGCCGCUCAGCUAGCAAACAGAAAAAUCAAGGACGUUCGAAGACGUCGUCCAAACUCUUCUACCCCAAGUACCACAGGUGCCUCUUUCAGUGGUGCCUUUAAUUCUCUUGAUCCCAAUACCGUCUCUUCUUCAUCACCUGCUCCCCAAUCACCUUCCAGCAGCUUCACGUUUGGGCAAUCCCAAAGCUUCCCUGGCGCUAGCUCAAGUUCCAACCAACCGAGUCAGAACGGAGGCUCGCCCUUUUCCUUUGGAUCGGGAACCGGCGGCAGCUCCUUCAAUUUCUCUUCUGGCGGAGGACAAGCGUCGUCUACUAAUAACCCUUUCGCCACCAUGAGCUCAGGUGGUAGUCAGCCUUCGUCCGGAGGUGGUCAAUUCUCCGGCUUCCAGGGUAGUAUGUUUAACCUGCCGCCGGCGGGAAGUUCCGGUCCAGCCCAACAGUCUCUGCCUUCUGGAGGUCUGUUUGGAAACAACUCUCAGCAGUCUACCACCCCUGGAGGUAUCUUUGGCACUCCUGCCAGCAGUGCACCCUCUGGUCUAUCUGGCGCCGCACCUGCAAGCACCAAUUUGUUUGGUGCCAAUGGUGCUACCAGCAGUACCCCUCAACCUAAUCUCUUCGGUGGAUCAAGCACCGAGAAACCCUCCCCUUUCUCUCAGUCUACUGCCUUUGGAGAGUCGAUGCAGACUUCGCCCGAUGCCAAAAACAACUCUUCUCAAUCGAAGCCUCUAUUCGGUGCAUCUGCGCCAAGCUUUGGAGGCUCCACCACUUUUGGUAGCCCUGCUGCUGGGUCUACUUCCGUGUUUGGGGCUCCACCAUCGACUACUGCUGAAACUCCUUCAAAGCCUCUCUUCGGAGCAGCACCAACAAACUCAUCUACUCCAUCGGCAUUUGGUGCCGCCACGCAGUCUACCUCCGCUAGUACUCCCGCAGUGACUGCUACCGCAAGCACUGCCCCUGCCACUUCCACCCUGUUUGGCUCUGGUUCGCCUGCUAAGCCAGACACCCCUUUUUCGAAUCUUUUUGGUGGCACGCCUACUUCAACGGCCACGCCGAAUGCCUCCGAGCGAAAAGGCGCUGAUGAGAAGAAGGCAGAACCCGCGCAGCCUAAAUCAGGAUUCCAGUUCACCCCUGCCAACACAACAGCGCCUUCUCUAUUCUCAAAGAGCGAGACGCCUGCCGCGCCAGCCAGUGGUUUGUUCCAGACUCCCAACGCCGGCAGCAGUCUGUUUACCCCCAAGCCCGCCGUCGCCCAGGAACAGGAGAAAUCAGAGCCUGCCUCGCCGAAUCCGUUCCAAAGUCUGUUCUCCCCGAAGCCUACUACCCCGGGACCAGCUGCAUCGAGCACGCCCUCGACAGAACAAAAGCCUCUGCCAUCCGCUGCCCCAUUUGGCAACCUGUUCGCACAGAAGCCGAGUUCGCCUGGUGGGAACGCUCAGACGAGCGGCUCAGAGGCGCCAUCUACUACUACUCCUCUCUUCGGUGCUCCUGCUUCUAGCCUGAAUGCAUCUGCAUCUUCGUCCGCGCCACAGGCGUCUCUUUUCUCUAAGCCGACCGAGGCUAAGCCCCAGGAGCCAGCUAAGUCUCCCGCACCUGCCCAGAGUCCUUUCAAGCCUAGCACUACGAUUUCGUCGUCGCCAUCCGUGUCGAAUCCCGCUAGUAAGAAGGUCUCGGCAUCGAGCUUUGAGAACCUGCAGCCGUCCGGGCUCCCCGGUACUCUGAGUCAGGAGACCAAGGAAGAAGUGGGAAUGCACUACCGUAUCCGCAUGCUUAAUCUCUCCUUCCAGCGAGAAGUCGCAAAAUUGGAUCCCGGCAGCGAUGAUUUCGAAAAGCUCAUCUCUUACUAUUUGCGUGUGCGUGCGACUCUCGGGGCGCCCGUCGGGGAACGCAUUCCUAAGCGGAAGCCCGAGGUUGACCAAAACGGCGCUGUCGAGGGGCCUUGCAAGAAGGCCAGGCCGUCUUUUGGCGUUGGUGCAGAGACUCCAACCAAGCCCACCCCGUCUACUCCAACCCCGACUGCUCCCGCAACUACCACCGCUACCCCCUCUAAGCCCGCGUCUACUGCUACCCCCAACAGCCACAAGAGGAAGUCCCCUGAUCGCGAAGACGACGACAGUCGCCCUGAGAAGCGUGUCAACGGGGAUUCUACGACGGCGAACAUUUUCGCCCAGUCAUUUUCCAAGUCAAAGUCUUCCGAUGGCGAAUCGGCUCAGGCGGCUCCUCCUACCCCAGCGAGCGCUUCUCCUGUCAAGGCGCCAUCCCUCUUCCCCACGCCGUCUGCCCCGUCUCCCGCCAAGCCUACCUCUGAGUCCUCCAAGGCUCCCGAGAAUUCUGCCUCGUCGCUGUUCGGUUCUUCCGCUUCAAUCUCAAAGCCCACAUUCAUAGCCCCGACCACCAACGCCGCGGCUGCACCCAACCCCUUUGUUUUGAAGCCGUCUGGGGACAAGAGCGCGGAUGCUGCAUCCGGCCCUCCUAAGUUCGACACCGGAUCAACCAACUUCUUUGCUCAGUUCAAAGCCCAGGCAGAUAAGACCGCCGCGAAGGAGAAGGCCAAGCGGAAGGCCGAAGACUUUGACUCCGACGAAGAGGACGAGGCCGAGUGGGAGCGUAAAGAUGCUGAGAAGCAGCGCCAGAAGCGGCAACAGUUGGAGUCUAGUGCCCCUAAGCGUGCUGUAAUGGUGCCGGGCAAGGGCUUCGUUUUUGAAGACGCCAGCGGCGCGGAAGACAAAGCUGCAGAGUCUGCUUCUUCCACCUCUGGUGCUGGCGCCUCGGUCUUCGAUGCCAAGGCCAAGUCUGCCACAAGCUCCAGCAACAUCUUUGGUCAUUUAUCGGCGACCCCGUCGGAGGUGGAAGAAAACGACGCAGACGACACGGAAGAGGAUGAAGGUCCGAAGGAACUCUCUUCUGCCCCAAGCAGCGAAAAGGCCGAGACUAGCGCUCCUGCACUGUCCGCCAACGAGAGUAGCGACGAUGGUGAUAUCACCAAGGCCCUCCAGAAGGCUAAGCAGCCUGAGAAGGCCUCGACCAACGGGCCGAUCGAGUCGAAUGGCGGUGGCCGCAGCUUGUUCGAUCGUGUCCAAUACGAUGAGGAUGGUAACCCUAAGCGGCAAGGCGAGGAGGAGGAGAAGAAGAAGCUUUCCACCUUCUUCAACUCAUCUAAAUAUGCGUCGUCGUUCAACUCGCCCGCACCGUCUGAAUCUACUCCCAACCCAUUCGGCCAAUCUACCAAGGCCCAGCCUGAACAAGCUGCCUCCCCAUUUUCCAAGCCGGCUACCCCCAAUCCUUUCGGCAGUCUUUUCGGAGCAUCCACGACUUCGGGCGCCGCCACUCCAUCGAUUUUCGCCAGCAACAACAGCACCCCGAAGCCCGCUAACGAUCAAACCUGGAAGAGAGACUCUCCCAUCAAGUUCGCUGGCGAUUCCACCGUCUCCUCAGGCCCCAAGAUCGAUUUCACGGCCCCAAAGACAGCGCCCGACUCGUCGAAGUCGCUCUCAACCCUCUUCGGAGGCGCUUCCAGCGGGCCAAACUCUUCUACCGCCGGCACCUCGCCUGCCACGGGUUUCUCUUUCGGGGGUCCCGCUCAAAAGCCGGCAUCCUUCCUCGCUUCGUCCACUCUUGGCUCUGCGGCGCCUAGCCGUACACCCACCCCGGGUGUCACCACCGAUACAGGUGCCGAAGAGUCUGGGGAUGGUGAAUCGGCAGAGUCUCUUCCCCAGGUUGACUUGUCGAGGGGCGGCGCUGGCGAAGAAAAUGAAGACGUGGUGAUUGAGCUCCGUGCACGAGGAAUGAAGCUGCUGCCGUCCGGCUGGGAAAGCCAGGGCGUGGGAUUUGUCCGCGUCCUGAAAGACCGGACCACUUCGCGCGGCCGUGUUCUUCUGCGUGCUGAUCCCAGCGGAAAGGUGGUCCUCAAUGCUGCUUUGAUGAAACAGAUUAAGUACAUCGUUUCUGGGAACAGCGUGCAAUUCCUCGUGCCUCAGGCUGAGGGCGCUCCGGAGCAGUGGGCUGUCCGGGUGAAGAAGGAAGAGGUGCAGCGUUUGGGCUCUGCGAUCGAGGAGACCAAAUCUUAA